AAUAAUAAUUGGGAAAUGGCUUUUGUGAAAAAUCAAAUAAUCCUUUUAAUUUGUAUUUUUCUUCAUUUUGAGAAGGCUCAUUGCCAGUUUUAUCGUCAGGAUGGGCAGGAUACAGACUAUCCACAACGGUUUGUCCGCGAACCGAGUCCCCGGGAGAACUACCACAACAGCUGGCGAUCCGAGGACGAUCAGGAUCAGGAGCAGAUGCAGGUUAUGGACUCGGAACAGGAUCAGGACGAAGAGCUCUGGUCGCGAGAGAAUCGAGAGUGUCCGACGAGUAUCUGUUCGGCGGAAAAUGCGAAUGCUCUGCGGUUCGAAAAGCCAUGGGGCAAAAAGCCAACAACGGCGAAAAAACUCAUAAAGGACGACAAGGAUACGCAUAAAAUGGCCAUGAAGUAUGAGGAUGAGGACGAGGACGAUGGCGAUGAUGAGGACGAUGACGAUGACGACGACGAUGAUGAGGACGACGAUGAUGACUAUUUGAGUGACGGAGAACAGGAGGCUUUCAUGUCCAGGAUGACCUGUCUAAUGAGGUCCUUGGACACCCACACCCGGGCCAUAACCCGCAAUCUGAAGAUCCUGCAGACCCGCUUGACCAAAGCCCAGGAUAGAAGCAAUCAGGGUGCGACUUGCCGGAAACCGGACUUCAAUGCCCAUCCGAAAGGGAAAUGGUUCGAAAAUCCCCAGCAGGAACAGAAAGACCCCGAACAGUGUGUUCCCACCUCCAUCAAAAGGAUGGACAAUCACCAGGAUAAUCCCUACACCCCCCUCAGUGCUCAUAAUCCUCUAAGGUCCGAAAAUCUUCAAGAUCCUCAAAGACAGGAGAGUCUCCAAGCGGCCCAAAGAUCUCAAAGUCUUCAAAGAUCUCAAGGAUUUCAGGAUCCUCAAAGAUUUCAAGGAUUUCAGGAUCCUCAAAGAUCUCAAGGAUUUCAGGAUCCUCAAAGAUCUCAAGGAUUUCAGCAUCCUCAAAGUCUUCAAGAGCCCCAAAGACCGCAAACUCUUCAAGAACCUCAAAGAUCUCAAAGCUCUCAAGACUCCCAGAGUCCCCAAAGUCCCCAGAGUUCUCAAGGACCUCAGAGUCCUCAAGGUCCUUCAUCUAAUGGUGAUAAUCAGCUAAUGGUUUCUCCACUUUUAAAACUCAUCAAUAGUCCUGCCGCCCUGCAAUCCAAACAGGACUCGUCUGGAUAUUGGAUUCCUGCUCCCAUAAGCACCCGCUCGGAAGCCAUGGAUCUCGACGACAUGGCGGCCAGUUUCAAUAAGAGGUCAAAGGGCAAUCAGCGAGAGCGCUACGGGGAGUACGAGUCGCGGCUCAGACGUCUGAUGGCGAAUCGGGAUGCCAUCGAGAAGAACGUCAUGAAAGUGAUGACCCCACCAAGAAGAAUGCCACGGGGAUAGCUUUUCUUCAAGAUUUUUCUCAAGAUUUUAAAUAAAUAUGAUUUAGAAGAAUAAAUAAUAUAAAUAA